GUCAGAAUAGAUUUACUUUGCGUAGAAUUCCAGCUCAUCUUCCCCAUUACUGUCCCCAUCCCUGCGGCUACCGCGCUGAGCUUGAGGCAUAUUGUUUCCAAUGUCAACGCGUAUACAGCCCUACCAACUACCCCAACAUUACGAGCACAUAAUUCAUUUCAUAACCAAACUUUACUCCAGACAUUUUUUUCUUCUCUUCUCUUCUUCUGCAUGGACUCCUUAUCUUUGUUCGUCACUGUCUUCUUCUGCCACAACGUUAUUCUUCUUCAGCUAACCUCUUCAGCGCCUAUUCUUACCAACUCCAUCUCCCCAAAUGUCACGGCCUCCUCUCUUCAAUUCAUCGACAACUCCGGGGCUUUCUUGCUGUCCUUAAACAAAACCUUCAAGCUCUCAUUUUCACGCCCCAACUCUGAACUCUCUCUCUACUAUUUAUCCAUCUUCCAUUCUUCUUCUAAUAUAAUCAUCUGGACUGCAAAUCCAAACAAACCCUUUUCCGAAUCUUCCAAGUUUACUCUAUCCCUCAACGGUCUCACCAUCACUGACGAUCAUGACAGCAUCGUGUGGUCCACUCCCAAGUUAAACUCUUCAGUUUCAGUCAUGCUUCUUCAAGAUUCUGGAAAUCUUGUUCUUCUUGAUGCCCAAAACGUUUCACUUUGGGAGAGUUUCAGUUCUCCAACGGAUACGUUGGUCAGCGGACAACGCUUGUAUGUUGGUCAAUCUUUGAACGGCGCCGUUUCGGGAAAAAACUUGUCGGUUGGUGAUUAUAGAUUUGUUGUUACUGAUGGAGAUGCGGUUUUUCAAUGGAAUGGGUUGAAUUAUUGGAAGUUGUCAAUGUAUACUUCGGCUUUUAAGAACUCGAAUUCUCCUGUGUCGUUUUUGUCAGUGAAUGCGACUGGCUUGUAUUUGUUUGCAAGUGAUGGAUCGACGGUUGUGAUUCAGGUGAUAUUGGGUUUUUCUUCUAAUUUUAGAAUUGCUAAAUUGGAAAGUAAUGGCAACUUUAGUGUGAGUAAGUUUGUGAGUAAUAGCUGGGUGGAAGAAUUAGCUAUUCCUGAUGAUGAUUGUAGAAUUCCUUUUAUUUGUAAGAAACUUGGAUUGUGUUCAAGUAGUAGUUGUUCUUGUCCAUCAGAUUUUCAUCCUAACAUAAAUGGCGAUUGUGUUCCAGUUAAUUCUUCUAUUUCAUUGCCCAGUCCUUGUACUAAUGGUAGUGAAUUGAAUUCUUCAUCUAUCACCUAUUUGAGAUUAGAUAAUGGCCUGGAUUAUUUCUAUAAUGACUUUGUUCAACCUGUGAAACACGGUAUUGAUUUAUCAGAAUGUCAAGAUUUGUGCUCUGGAAACUGCUCUUGCUUGGCCUUCUUCCAUGAAGAUGAAUCUGGUUUUUGCUAUCUUAUUGAAAAUCAUCUCGGUUCCAUCAUGUCUACUUCUUCUGAUAAGGAUGGGGACCGUUUCGGAUUCAUAAAGACCAGAGUCUCAUCUUCUCAGGAUGGAAACACAAACAUGAAUGCUUCUAAUCAAAAGGGUAAAUUUCCGAUUGCAGGUCUGGUUCUAUUGCCUACAUCUGUUUUCCUAUUGGUUAUAAUAGUUUUAGGGUUUAUUUGGUGGAGAAAAAAUAGAAAGCAAUCUAGAGCUAAAGUAGUUAAGUUAGGCAGUAGAAAUUCGUCUUUUGAAGAGCUUGAGUUAAUUAGUAUACCGGGAUUGCCAGUAAGGUUUAAUUAUGAUGAACUUGCAGUUGCUACCGACAGCUUUAAGACACAAAUUGGAAGUGGUGGGUUUGGUACUGUCUAUAAAGGAACUUUGCAGGACAACACUGUUGUGGCUGUGAAGAAAAUCACCAGUAUGGGAAUACAGGGGAAGAAGGAAUUCUGCACUGAGAUUGCAAUCAUCGGGAAUAUUCAUCAUGUCAAUCUUGUUCGACUGAAAGGAUUUUGUGUGCAAGGGCGACAAAGGCUUUUGGUUUAUGAAUACAUGAACAAAGGGUCUUUGGACAAGACAUUAUUUGGAAAUGGGCCUGUUUUAGGAUGGCGCGAGAGAUUUGAAAUUGCGCUUGGUACUGCAAGGGGACUUGCUUACUUGCAUAGCGGCUGUGACCACAAGAUCAUUCAUUGUGAUGUCAAGCCAGAGAACAUUCUCUUGCAUGAAAAUUUUCAUGUUAAAAUCUCAGAUUUUGGUCUUUCAAAGCUACUAGGCCCUGAACAGUCUGGUAUAUAUACCACAAUGAGGGGUACUCGGGGAUAUCUUGCCCCUGAAUGGCUAACUAACACUGCAAUUACUGACAAAACAGAUGUGUAUAGUUAUGGAAUGGUAUUGCUUGAAAUUGUGAGGGGAAGAAAGAAUUGCUCAUCUCAGACAGAGCGCAGCACAGAAAAAGAUACGAGCGAUGGAACUCCCAGGUCCUCAUCUUUUUCACCUAUGGAUUCAAGGUCUGUGUAUUUCCCUCUACUUGCAUUGGAAAUGCACGAACAGAGACGGUAUUUGGAGCUGGCAGAUGUGAGGCUAGAAGGUCAAGUGAGAAGAGAGGAGGUUGAGAAGCUAGUACGGGUGGCUUUGUUAUGUGUGCAAGAAGAGCCAAUGCUGAGGCCAAGUAUGGCUAAUGUUGUCAGCAUGUUAGAAGGUGGACUGCCCUUGGGUGAACCAAAUAUUGAGUCAUUGCGCUUUUUGCGGUUUUAUGGGCAGAGAUCCACAGAGCCAUCAACAAUCAGGAAUUCGAACGAGCAGAAUGAGUUUAUCUUAUACUCGGAAGCAAACGGUACCAAUAGCUCUGCUAACACUGCUUCAUACAAUUUCUUAUCUUUCAUGUCAUCAUAGAUAGGUUUCUGGUCCAAGAUAGAGCUUAAGGAUACAUUGUCUCUGUAUAUUCUUUAUUUGGUUGUGGUCUUGUUGUAGUAAAUGCAUUUACAGUUAUAACUUUUAA